AUGUCUGUGAAGAAUGGUUACACUAUCCCUCAAGCUCCUCCUACCGACCCUGAUGCUAAAAGAGAAUAUGAGAACAAUGCAAAAGCUAAGAAUGCAAUCUUGAGCGGCUUAUCUAAUACAGAGUUUGUCAAAGUAAUGCAUUGCACAUCAGCAAAAACUACAUGGGAUAAAAUGCAAAGUAUAUUUGAAGGAGAUAUCAAGGUGAAAGAAGCCAAGCCACAAAAUCUGAGAGCUCAAUUUGAAAAUCUAAAAAUGAGAGAUGAGGAGAAAAUAGCUGAUUAUUUGCAAAAAAUGGAUGAAAUUAUGGGUGCCAUAAGAGAACUUGGAGAAGAAGUCUCUGCUAUUGAGGAAGUGAAGGACUUAAAGAAUUUCUCCAUGGAUGAGUUAUUUGGCUCCUUAUUAGCCUAUGAAAUGAGAAUAAUACAAGGAGAAACAUCAAAGAGAGAGGCUGCCUUCAACAUAACAAAAAAAGGAAAAGAAGAAGGUGAUCAUGAGGAAGAAGUUGACUCUGAUGCUUUUAUAGCCAGCUUUGUAAGGAAAUUCAAAAGAGGCUCAGUAAAGUACAAAGGUAAGUUUCCUUUCAAAUGUUUCAACUAUGGUAAGAUUGAACACUUUGCCUCUAAGUGCCCCUAUGGUGAGAAGGAUGAAGAUGAGAAGCAAAACAUCAGAUCUUUUGGUAAAGAUAAAAUAAAGAAAACCUACAAGCCAAGGAGAAGGAGUUUUAGGAAGAAAUAUAGUCUUUAUGCAUUUGAAGAUGAUGCCUUUGAUGAAGAAAGUGUCUCUGAAGAUUGCUGCAGUGAAGAUGAAAGAGAAGUUAAUCUCUUUAUGGAACAAGGAGAACUAGAUGAUGAGAAAGAUGGUAGUGAUGAAGAAGAGGAAAUAGAAGCUGAAGUAGAUCUUGAAGGUGAAAUUGUGAGUGCUCUAGAAGAACUUAGAAAAGUGAGAAAAUAA